AUGAGGUGCCACCAUACUGCCGAGAGUGAUGCCGUGUCGUCAGGUCAUCUCACCGCAUCUUCCCCGAGCCCAAGUCCGGAUCUUCGUCCAGUGCCUCUUCCGGUCGAGGGAGAGCAUGAUAAGACCAGCGACAGAAAAAAGUCGAGACGAUCUUGGCAAAAGAGCCAGACGGCCAAACGGAAGGCCAUCGAAAUCCGACGGUUCAGCUGUCUCCCAACGCCAGUCUUACCUAAACGCACGUCAGCGGUCACCCUCGCACUUGGUAUCGAUGCCACCUUUCCAGCCCUCCCUUCCUUCACUCAAGGAGGGAUGAUUCGCAACUUGACUGGAGCAAGAAUGGGUCAAGACGAAGAAAAGCGGCGGAAAAACAUGGGACCAGAACAAAGCGCUGUCAGAGACCUGCCAUCUACUACAGCCAAGCUCAACGGAUACUUCCACUUCAGUCUACCACAGCGUCCCGCCAUUCGCCCUAUCCAGCCCCACCAAACCACACCAAACCCAAUCGCAACCGGCCCGCACUACGAUAAUCCGCGCCGUUAUAGGAUUUUGUCUGCCCCGUCAAGUCGUCAACAGCACUCUUCAGCCCGCCCUGGCUGCGGGAAGGAAGUUUGGAACGCAAGGCACGCACACCAAGCUUUCAAGGGGUCCACCUGUUUGGCUCAGCUCAGCUUGGCGGACUACUCCUGA